ACAGCAGAAGUCGACUUGAGCAACAACACCGGCAGUAAUUAUGAAGCUCAACAUCGAAGGGCUGCUCGUCUAUUUCCCCUACGACUACAUCUACCCGGAGCAGUACUCGUACAUGCAGGAGCUCAAGAGGACCCUCGAUGCGAAGGGCCAUGGAGUUCUGGAAAUGCCCUCAGGGACAGGGAAGACCAUCUCACUCCUGUCCCUCAUCGUGGCCUAUCAGCGGGCUUACCCCCUAGAAGUGACCAAGCUGAUAUACUGCUCCCGGACUGUGCCUGAGAUAGAGAAGGUUGUGGAAGAACUGCGAAAACUGAUGGAGUUCUAUGCCAAGGAGACUGGUGAAACAAACAAACUCCUUGCAUUGGCUCUUUCCUCCCGCAAAAAUCUUUGUGUGCAUCCAGAGGUUAGCUCUCUGCGCUUUGGAAAGGAGGUGGAUGGAAAGUGCCACAGCCUAACAGCGUCAUAUAUCCGUGCACAGCGCCAUAGCAAUCCAAGCCAGCCGAUCUGUCACUUCUUUGAGGAAUUUGAUGCCCUGGGUAGGCAAGUUCCUAUCCCCCCUGGUAUCUACAACUUGGAUGACUUGAAGGCCUUUGGUCGGAGAAAAGGCUGGUGUCCGUACUACUUGGCAAGAUAUUCUAUUCUUCAUGCUAAUAUAGUAGUCUAUAGUUACCACUACCUCUUGGAUCCAAAGAUUGCUGAUCUUGUGUCCAAAGAGCUUGCCAAGAAAUCGGUUGUGGUUUUUGAUGAGGCGCACAACAUUGAUAAUGUUUGCAUUGACUCCAUGAGCGUGAACCUCACAAGAAGAACCCUUGACCGCAGUCAGGCCAAUGUUGAAACAUUGCAGAACACUAUUCAGAGAAUAAAGGAAAUUGAUGCUGCGAAACUGAAAGAAGAAUACAGAAGAUUAGUUGAAGGGCUGAAGGAAGCUAAUGUUGCCCGGGAAACGGAUAUAUACCUCUCUAAUCCUGUGUUACCUGAUGAAAUUCUUCAAGAAGCUGUGCCUGGCAGCAUCCGCACAGCAGAGCAUUUUGUGGGCUUCAUGAAGCGUUUGCUGGAAUACCUCAAGUCCCGGCUCCGGAUCCAGCAUGUGGUGCAGGAGAGCUCGCCCCAGUUUCUCAAAGACAUCUAUGAGAAAGUCUGCAUUGACCGCAAGCCACUUCGAUUCUGCGCAGAGAGGCUGCGCUCUUUGUUGCGUACCCUUGAGAUCACCGACAUUGCAGACUUCUCGCCCAUCACGCUCAUCUCACAUUUUGCCACUCUGGUCAGCACAUAUAGUAAAGGUUUCACUAUUAUCAUUGAGCCUUUUGAAGACAAGACACCCACCAUUGCUAACCCUGUGCUGCAUUUCAGCUGUAUGGACCCCUCUAUUGCCAUCAAGCCGGUGUUUGAGCGGUUCCAAUCGGUCAUCAUCACAUCAGGGACACUGUCCCCGCUGGAUAUCUACCCCCGCAUUCUUGACUUCCGUCCGGUUACCAUGUCUUCCUUCACCAUGACGCUAGCGCGCACCUGUUUGUGCCCACUGAUUGUUGGCAGAGGAAACGACCAGGUGGCCAUCAGUUCCAAGUUUGAGACACGGGAAGAUUUUGCUGUCAUCCGUAACUAUGGUAACCUGCUGUUGGAGUUGUCGGGCAUUGUGCCUGAUGGCAUCGUUGCUUUCUUCACCAGCUACAUCUACAUGGAGAAUAUUGUGGCCUCCUGGUAUGAGCAGGGCAUCUUGGAGAACAUCCAGAGGAACAAACUCAUUUUUAUUGAGACGCCAGAUGCUGCUGAGACCAGCAUGGCACUGGAGAAGUACCAGGAGGCCUGUGAGAAUGGACGUGGGGCCAUCCUGCUGUCAGUUGCCCGGGGCAAGGUGUCAGAGGGAAUCGAUUUUGUGCAUCAUUAUGGACGUGCAGUGAUCAUGUUUGGUGUGCCUUACGUUUAUACACAGAGCCGGAUCCUCAAGGCACGUCUGGAGUAUCUCCGGGACCAGUUCCAGAUCCGGGAGAAUGACUUUCUGACGUUUGACGCCAUGCGCCAUGCAGCACAGUGUGUGGGUCGGGCCAUCCGAGGCAAGACAGACUACGGGCUGAUGAUCUUUGCAGACAAACGAUAUGCACGUGCAGACAAGAGAGGGAAGCUUCCCCGUUGGAUCCAGGAGCACAUUUCUGAUGGCAGCCUGAACCUCACCAUCGAUGAGACUGUACAGUUGUCAAAACACUUCCUCCGUCAGAUGGCCCAACCAUUUAGAAGGGAGGACCAGCUGGGCUUGUCUCUUCUCACUCUGGAUCAGCUGCAGUCCGAGGAGACGCUGCAGAGGAUUGCUCAGAUUGCCCAACAGGUCUGAGUGGCUCAUGCAGCACAUCCACCUGGUCAGGCCUAAAAAAAUCUGUUACAAGUGACUGCUGUGCAGAUGUAAAAUGGACCUGUAAUUCUAUUGUAUAUUUUUCAUUUUAAAGGAGUUUAAGUUGUAUUUUAUUUGCUAAACUGAUACUUGAAAAU